CUAAACUCAACCCCUAGCUCUAAAAUCGGUAACUGUAGUUGCUUUUACUUUCCUCGUUCAAUGAGAGGACCAAAAAUUCAUCGCCACAUGAAUCUCAAGCUUUUCUCUACUUUUCUAGAGCACAUUAGAGUCGCUAAAAAUACGACAUCUCUCGUAGUCAAUAAGAAGCUGCUUCAUCCUCUUGCCCUAAUCAGGCUACCUAACUAGGGUUUCCUCUUACCUUUCCCCAACCUUAGAGAGAGAUCAUUUGACAUAUAUAAGUUACCUUUUUCUCUUUUCUUGGUGUUUAAUUUAGUUCUGUUCUCGCCCCUUCUUUAGCUAAUAUUGGCUCCUCAAAUCUUUAAUUUUGACUUCUUGAUCUGAGUUCUUGUUUUUAUCUUCACGCUCUUCCUCUCAUCAAUAUAUGAGCGAGAAGGAUCAAGAAUCAAGAAGUUGAUGUGUGCCGGCGAAUAAACAGUGGUGGGAUAGAGAACUAGUAGAUGCAGCGGCGAUGGAAGGCGGUUACGAGCAAGGCGGUGGAGCUAAUUCUAGAUACUUCCAUAACCUCUUCAGACAGGAGAUUCACCAUCAACAGUUUCAACCGCAAGGCGGGAUCAGCUUGAUUGACCAGCAUCACCAUCAGCAACAACACGAGCACCAGCAGCAGCAACCGUCGGAUGAUUCAAGAGAAUCUGAUCACUCAAACAAAGACCAUCAUCAACCGGGUGGACCAGAUUCAUCAGACCGGGCUACAUCAAGCUCAGCACCAGGGAAACGUCCACGUGGACGUCCUCCAGGAUCUAAGAACAAAGCUAAGCCACCGAUCAUAGUAACACGCGAUAGCCCCAAUGCGCUUAGAUCUCACGUUCUUGAAGUAUCUCCCGGAGCUGACAUAGUUGAGAGUGUGUCCACUUACGCUAGGAGGAGAGGGAGAGGGGUCUCCGUUUUAGGAGGAAACGGCACCGUUUCUAACGUCACUCUCCGUCAGCCAGUCACUUCUGGAAAUGGCGUUGGCGUUGGAGCCGGAGGAGUUGUGACUUUACAUGGAAGGUUUGAGAUUCUUUCGUUAACGGGAACCGUUUUGCCACCACCUGCGCCACCUGGGGCUGGUGGUCUGUCGAUUUUUCUAGCCGGAGGGCAAGGUCAGGUGGUUGGAGGAGUCGUCGUGGCCCCGCUUGUUGCAUCAGCUCCGGUUAUACUAAUGGCUACUUCGUUCUCAAAUGCGGUUUUCGAGAGACUGCCUAUCGAGGAGGAAGAGGAAGAAGGCGGUGAUGGACGAGGAGGAGGAGGACCACCGCAGAUGCAGCAAGCUCCAUCAGCAUCUCCGCCGUCGGGAGUGACUGGUCAGGGACAGUUAGGACGUAAUGUCGGUGGUUAUGGGUUUUCCGCUGAUCCUCAUUUGCAUGGAUGGGGAGCUGGUACACCUUCAAGACCACCUUUUAAUUGAAUCUUAUGUGUUUUAAUCAUUUUGUGGAGUCGUCUUUCAUUUGGGAUCUUCGGUAAUUAUUAUUUUUAGUUGAUAUGCAUAUUUGCGUUUUAAUGUUUUU